CAGGAGCCUCCUGUCAGUUUCUUCUUCACAGCCUUGGAGGCUAACCAAGUCACACGUCUUGGAACACGGGCUGCUGACAUGGGGGCUCUGCCUUGGCUGUUUCUUCUUUUGCUGCUCCAGGAAGCCGAAGGGAACUCUGGAGAUGAUAUGGAUCCUGAGGAAGUGGUGGCAGUACUGCAAGAGUCCAUCAUCCUCCCCCUGAAAAUACUGUCAGAUGAAGAGGUUGAGAAUAUCAUCUGGUCCUCCCACAUAAGUCUUGCCACUGUGAUACCAGAGAAAGAGGGAAUUCCAGCUUCCAUCAUGGUAACCAACCCUCGCUACCAGGGCCGUGUGCGCUUUCUGGGUCCCAGCUAUUCCCUGCAGAUCAGCAAUCUGAGCUGGGAGGACUCAGGGCCUUACAAAGCCCAAGUCAACCUGAGGACAUCCCAGAUCUCUACUAUGCAACAUUACAAUCUGCGUGUCUACCGACGGCUGUCAGAGCCCAGGGUCAGUGUGAACUUUGAGAUCUCUGAAGAUGCCUGUAAUAUAUCUCUAACAUGCUCUACGGAGAAGGCAGGCAUGGAUGUGACCUACAGCUGGAUAUCCCGGGGGUACAAUGCUGAUGAUGCAACCCGUGAAGGCCCUGUCCUGAGCACAUCCUGGACACCUGGGGACAAUGCCCUCUCCUACAUCUGCAGGGCCAGCAACCCCAUCAGCAAUGCCAGCUCCCACCCCAUCCUGGCUGGACCCUUCUGUGCAGAUCCUAGCUUCCUUUCUGAGAAGGCAUCAUCUUCCUUCUGCCUCCUGGCCAAGGCAUUACUCCUCCUCCUGCUCUUGGUAAUUUUGUCUGUGGGACUUUGGCGCAUCCGAGUUCAGACGAGAGGCAAAAUGCCAAGGAUGAAGAAACUCAGGAGAAACAGAAUGAAACUGAGGAAGAAGGGGAAGCCUGGCCCCAGUCCAGCCUGACUGCCCCUUGGGGACCCCGUCCUCAGCUUUGUUUCUGCCCAGCCCCCAGGGAAUCCUUCCUCUGGCCUCCUGUCCCCCAAGGGACCUAGAGAUAGACAUCUAAAGGGUUAUAGUCCCCAAGGGAAGCCUGUCUGGCAAUAAAGUCAAACCAGGG